AUGAUAAAUCUUGAGGAAUUAAAAUUAUAUUUAUUAAUAGAAGUAUUUAAUUUAAAUUAUAUUGAUAGUAUUCAAUUAUAUGAUGAACUUCUUUGUCAUAUGAAAAAAUUAAAUAACUUUAUAUUUAAUAUUCAAACACGUGACUUUAGAUGUAAGACUAAAAUUAAUCUUUCAUCAAAUGAAGAUAUUCAACGUAGUUUUAUUGAAAGAGGAAUAUAUCAACAAAUUGCUUCAUAUAUCCAUAAUUCAAGUAAGAUCGAAUCAAAAUGUCAUAUUUAUUCACUUCCAUAUCAAUUUGAAUAUUUACUUGAAAUCAAUAAUUGUUUUCCAGGAGACAUGUUCCAUACAGUUCGAUAUUUGGUAGUUAUUGAUCAAUAUCCUUUUGAACAUAAAUUCUUUCAAUUUAUCUCUCGUGGUUUACCUUUUCUUGAAAUCUUACAUAUACGAAAUAAUAAACCACAAAAAGACAAACAAUAUUCAUCUACCGAAUUAAUUACUUUUCAUCAUCUUAAACUUCUUAAUCUAAAACUGGCAUAUGUAGAUUAUGUUGAACAAUUUCUCUUGAACAAAGUAACUUAUCUACCUCAUUUAUUUAAUCUUUACAUCAAAUAUGAAUCACUUAUAAUGAUAACAAACAAUUUUACCAUUGAUACAACAUAUUUUAACUUUAGUAGAGUAAAGGAUCUCGACCUAGAUCAAUCAUUUCUUCAUUCAGAAAAUUUUCAUCAAUAUUUUCCUUUGUUAUAA